AUGUCUUCAUCGGAGAACUCAUAUUCCGAUGAUGCGGUCGUUGAUUUGAACGAGCUCAUACCUCGGAUCAGAAGCAUCAGAAGCAUCAGUUUGAAGUCCAUUCCAGAAAUUGACGAAGAGAUGACCAGCGGAGGGCAAGUCCAGGCUUGUGCGACAGUGACAGCACAUAAGAGCGAUUAUAGUCUGACUCUAGAGCACUGCCCAAUAUGUCACGAGCCUUUCAAUGAUGAGGUAGCCGUGCUCCCGUGCAAGCAUAUAUUCGAUAUCCGUUGUAUUCGAUAUUGGGUAGCCACCAAAUUUCCACGAACCAUCACCUGUCCUACUUGUAGAACACCGAUCACUGAAGUCCUGCUUAACUUGUGGAAGGAAGAUGAAAAACAAGUUCCCCUGAGCGAAAUCGUUACGGACGAAGAUAUUGCCGUAGCUGGCCAGGACUCAGGGGAGGAGAUGUUUCAACGCAUAGUUCAGUCAGUCGAGAUAAUCAAUUGGCAAAUAAUGCAGUGGGAGAGGCUCGAGGCUCGAGGGACACUAUCUGUCACGUAUGAGCCGCUGGAGUACCUGUCGACUGUUGCUCCUUUGGGCACUGGCGUGGCGCAAGUGAAGAGGCAUCUCUCAUUGAGCAUCAAACAACAAGGCAUCCGAACAACCUCAACACUGCACCGGUGGCUAGAGAUAAAAUACUACAAGGCGUCAAAUACACCCAAAUUUCGAAACUUGAGAAGCAGGGCGACCUCAUUGUCCCAUCCGGAAUUGAACAGAGCCAGACAAGAAGCCGAUGGUUUCAAAAAAGAAUAUUCCGAAAAUCGAAAAUUGAUUAAUAUAGGUGGUUACGAAAGCCGUGAAGAACAUCUUGACAUUAGUGAUCGUGGAGUUCAAGCCAUAAGUCUAUUCAAGAAAGCACGAGGAGUGGAAACAUCACCCCCUCUCCUUGGGACCGGAGCAACCAAGCUCAAGAUUAAAUGGACUACAAGGCUUACGGAACGGGGACCAACAAGACCUGACGACCACCCACAAAUAUUUGCUCAAGUUGAGUCUAUUGAUGUACUCCAAACAAGAGGAAAGGUCAGAGUAGCCACAGAACAAAUUCGAAGUGCUUUGGCGUGGUUUCGUAGUCACAACCCCAAUGAUCAGAGCACCCAACUCGACAGGAUCACAACGAAUAUUCUUGAGCCUUGCUCUGCCGAUGCAGUCCAGUGUGAUAAAUGCCCAGCAAAGCACCUCGUCAGCUCCUGUCUUGAACAAUGGUCACUGGUAUCGCCAUGA